ACUGCCCGGAGUCAGUAUUGCCUGCGACACAGCUCGUCGCGCUUCUGUGGGCAGAAAUUAUUCCUGAGUUGAAACGCGUUGGUUUCUCAUGUGUAAAUACUGAUCAAGCUCGCGCUAGUUUAUCGAAUAAUUAACCAUGAUACUGGCCACGUCUUUGGUGGCUGUUGCCCUUGCAACUACGAUAUCAGCGGAAAGUAUCGUCUUUGACAAGCCAAAAUUCCCUGCCGUCGAUCCGUAUGAGUUACCAAGUGUUUUUCAAACUCGAGUCGCUGACCUUCAGAAAUACCCGCUAGCUGUCGAAGCCGUCUUGAGCGUGGCACUUAAGCUUCAAGCGAUUGAAGACCGUAGCGGGAAACAAAAAAAUUUUCUCGUGUCUCCAUUAGCUGUGGCUGGGGCAUUAGGCCAGCUGAUGCUUGGAGCGAGAGGUGAUAUGAAAAAUCAACUUGCAAUCCUUCUCACUCUUCACGAUAAUACCCAGAAUAGCAUUACGAAUACGUCUGAGGCUGCUGUUGAACAACGAAUUGCUAACAGUUCCGCUACAUCGGUUGAACAACGUGUGGGAAAUCCUGAGGAUCCAAGUUUAGUUAAAGGAAGUGGCAAUGUGGUUUCUCGAUUCAGAAAUACAGUCAGCGCCCAGGACGCCUGGUCUUACGAACCUCACCGGAUAAAAAUGCACCAAUUUGCUACCAAGACUCGGGAUGGUUCACCUGGUCUGGAAUUGCAUCGUCAACUGGGCAGCUUAAUUAAUGAGCUUUCAACCCCUCUUCCUCCACCUGGGGUUGUCCAUUCGUUGGCCAACCGGUCCUACUUGCAUACUAGCAGUGCAUUUUUUGUCGACAAAAACAUGAAUCUGAACGAUGUCUUCGUUCGUGCCGUUGUGGAUUUCUACCAAUCGAGAGUUAUGCCACUUGAUUUCAGGAAUAAUUCUGUCGAAGCUCAGAACGAAGUGAACCGAUGGGGUUCAAUGCAAACCGGAGGUCUGAUUGAUCGCUUUCUAGCGUUUCCGCCCCCACCGGACACAGCGGUAAUUCAAGCUGUAACCGUCCACUUCCGCGGUGCCUGGCAAACGCCUUUCAUACCCGGCGGAACGAUUGGUGGACUCUUCAAGACGUCAGAGAACACCACAGUCUCUGUGAACAUGAUGAGAGGUACACUCGAGGAGGCGACUUACGCCGAAGACAAUAAUCUGGGUCUUCGCAUGCUGGUGAUGCCUUACUCUAAUUACGAGUGCGCCAUGUACGUGAUCCUUCCAACAGAGACGAACCCCUUGAAGUACAACGUCGGUCAUCUGGUCACUCAACUGACGAGCAAAAACUUGGUAGAUCUUGCUGCGAUGGGGAAAAAACGGACCGUGAACGUCAUGUUUCCCAAGCUCUCGUUGACUGGAUCACUGAACUUGGCAUCAGCCUUGGAGGAGCAUGCCGCAUUUCUGAACAAAGAGAAGGCUGAAGCUGAAGCGGCAAACGGGGCGAAAGAAACCGUUGAGCCCGUUGUUUCGAACUUAAACCUAACGUCACCCACUCCAAAUCAAAUCACAACUUCAGAGGUGAACGUUAAAUCUCGAAUCAACAAGAACGCAUCAGUGAAUCAGAAGCCCGAUGAUGUGCAGCGAGUCAUACCUUUGAACGCAUCGCAGCCUGCGUCAAGUUCAGAGUCCACUCCAGUUCUCGAGGGCGGCAAGAGCACUGAGGAAAUUCGGAUAACGUCGAGAAUUGGAGAAGCUCUCUCGGAUCCCAGCGAGUCCAAGGAACCCUUGCCCAAGGCCCCGUUGAUCCUCGCCGGGGCGGCGAAAGACUCCAAGUUCCGGAUAUCGGACAUUAUUCAACAGAUAGCACUUGAGGUCAACGAGGCGGGAACAGAGGCAGCCGCCAUUGUUGGAACGACGAUAAACUACAGCGGUGGCGUGAAAAAUUUCAAAGUGAACAGACCCUUCCUGUUCUUCAUCCGCCACGAAGAAACCCACGCGAUUCUUUUCUGGGGAACCAUCGUCGAUCCUACCGCGUGAUCAAUAUUCGCGAAUUUUAUACCUCGAUUAAUUUUUAUCGAUUGAUUCUGCGGCUCUGUCAUCCAGAAGAACCGGUUUUGCAGAUCAAGAAUUUCCAUCCAGCAUUUAAUAUAGUGCUGUUUAGUAUUACUUUUUGUACAUUAAAUUCAACGAACAUGGCAUACGGGUACCCGUAACAGUGGUAACGAUGUAUAAUGCCGAUAUACGCCACAUCAAGGAAAGAAAUGAUAAACUGGAAACU